UUCCUAAUUCUGUUAGCUGGUUUUUUUUAGACACGCUAAGAUCCUUCUUUUUGCACCGUUGUUGCUAGCUACGAGAGAAUCGUGCAGUAUAUUUAAUAAAAAAAACAUCUGUGUGCAUGUGUGCGCCAUUUGCGGUUCACCUUGCCCGGCCUUGCCGAUGUGUGAUAGUGUUGGACGUGCACGAGUCUCGCAUUCUUGACAAUUCUUUUCGCCGGUAGUGUUUGUUAAUGUCAUAUAUAUUUCCCGAGCUUUUCUCAGUCGCUAACUCGGUACUCAUAAUUGCAUCUUCUGGAGUAUUUUUUCUUGCGUAUAUGUAGCUACAAGCAAGUAAAUCAUAAGCAACAUUUCCGAUACGGUGCCAGUGACGUAAACGCUACAUCAACAUGUCGGCUCUUCAAAAAUCAAUUUUGAAAUCCAAGUUACCACCGUCAGCUGUCAAAUUUUCAGGAUUAAAUUCCAGAAUCAAUAAGAGAUCCCAACGAAAGAGAGACUACGAGCCCGUGCAAUGGAAUCCGUAUUUUGAUCAUUCUAAGGAUGUGCCAAUAGGACAGAAUACAUUUCAUGUUUAUAUCAAAGGCGUUGAAGGACCAUUAUUAGUUUUAUUACACGGUGGUGGUUACAGUGGCUUAACAUGGGCAGAACUUACAAAAUCUAUUAUGACAAUGGUAUUGUGUAGAGUCAUGGCCAUUGAUCUUAGAGGUCAUGGAGAUACUUACACUACAGAUGAUGAGGAUUUGUCUGCAGAAACUUUAGCAUCGGAUGUUGCAGCUAUUAUAGACACAGUUGCAUGUGAUACUCCAAUUGUUCUUGUUGGUCAUAGCAUGGGUGGAGCAGUAGCUGUGAAAGCAGCUCCGUUAAUUCCAAAUUUAUAUGGAUUAGGAGUUAUAGAUGUUGUGGAGGGUACAGCAAUGGAUGCAUUAGCUUCUAUGCAGAGUUUUUUAAGAUCUCGACCAUCUAGUUUUAGCACUAUAUCUCAAGCUAUAGAAUGGUGUGUUCGUAGUGGACAAAUUCGUAAUAUACAAUCUGCAAAGGUCUCAGUUCCUGGACAAAUAAAGAACAUUGAAACUAGCAAAUUAGCAACUCAUGAUAUUGACUCAUUGUCAACCCAAUACAACACAUGUGAAUCCAAUCCAGAACCAGUUGUACCACGAGAUGAUAUUAUUCAAGAGGAAGAAUCAUUCAGCAUGCCACCACCACCUGCAUCUUCUGCUACCUCUGCAGCUAACAGGAAAUAUGUAUGGAGAAUAGAUUUAGCAAAGACAGAGCAACACUGGUUUGGCUGGUUUAAAGGAUUAUCAACAGCAUUUUUGAAUGUCCCAGUUCCAAAAAUGUUGUUGUUAGCAGGAGUUGAUAGAUUAGAUCGUGAACUUACUGUAGGACAAAUGCAAGGCAAAUUCCAAAUGCAAGUAUUACCCGCGUGUGGACAUGCUGUUCACGAAGAUGUACCAGAUAAGGUAGCGGAAGCCAUUGCUACGUUUAUGGUUAGACAUAAGUUUGCAGAGCCAGCCUCCGAUUUUCCACGGACUUUUCCAGCUUGUUAAGAAAAUAAUUAAAUAAUUAAGAUUAUAUAUAUUGUAAUGUAAACUUAAACAAUGUGAAGGGUUUUUUUUUUAAAUUAGUAGAUAUGAAUCAAUCUUAUUUAUUUCAAGAGAGAAAUUAUAACCACCAAAUAUAUAGAAACGUACAUCAUACAUGUGUAAAUAAAACAUUUAGUUAAAUGAGAAAAAUAAAAUUGUUCUUAUAUA